GUGGGAGUAGGCGACGUUGGCAGCAAUGGACCCCGGAAUCCAACCUCCCCUGACAGGAGCGGGCGAACGCUUUUGAGCAGCGCUUCUGAGCAGCGCUUCCGGGUGUACAGGGGCAUGAGAUCAGCCAGUCCUCUGCGUCUCCCACAUACGGUACGGAGAAGUCCGCCCUCUACGGAUACAGCAUCAUGUACCGCGGCGGCACAGCUGCCCAGCCGAAAUGCACCUACAGGCCGGGGCCCGGGGGCCGGGCAUCCCCUCCUAGGGUAUUUCUCCUGUCUGUCCACCUCCAUCUCACGUUAUCUCUUGGAGAACACCUCAGCAGUCACCGAGGCCGCUCCAACAUCGAGCCCGAAACAUGGCACGGCCUGCCGGGGCUCCUGGGCACGGUGGCACCAGCAUGUACUACAACGACGGCCUCAUCCCCAUAGAUCGACAAGAGGACGCGAUUUACAACGACAAGAACCCCCGGAUAGGUACAUUUUAGAACCAAAGGUGGUUCUCGGGACGCCAGAAAAAGAGAUAGUUCUGCCGCCUCCUCAUCCCAUCAGGACACGGUCCAGCCCUUGGCCGCGACAAUAUGCGGGCUUCGCCGCAAAACAUUUUACAGUAUCCUCGUGGCAGCCUUGCUGCUCAUCGGCCUCAUUGCCGGGUUAACAGGAGGCCUCACGUGUCGCCAAAGUAGCGGCAGCACGGAUGGCCCCGAAGUUGUUCCCUCAGAACCCGACUCAAGUUCACCGACUACGUCAACUCCGUCAGCUACCUCAAUCGCGCCAACCAGUUCUUCUACGCCACACCUGUCUCCAAUACUUGGUAACCCGCAGCUCGCGGCAGCACGAUCCGCAAACAACACAGAAACGUCGAGCUGCGUUGCCUA